CCGCUCCUCCGCAGUAAUGGUAACUGGGCUUCGCUGGAGGAAGGGAGCGAAAUAGUGUUUUAGUGGCUACCAAACGCGACUUUCUUUUCCCCAUCCUCGAAGGAAAAGUUAAGUUUUUUUUUCUUUCUUUUUUUAAAUUAAUAUUAUUAUUAUUUAACCGCGGCUCCUUAGGGGGGGAAACUACAGCUGCCUUGUUGAGGAUUUUCUAUCUGGAUGGGAAAGGUAAACCUGUUGCCUUAGUGCCUGUCUGCCUGCCUGCCUCGCCGCAACUACUAUCCAAGAUGUUGCUUUGUGGAUGGGAUGGCGUCCGGUUGUGUGUGCACUCAUAGCCUCCCCGGAGAACGAACCUUAUCCCAAUCUCAAGUGACUUUCUAGCUCUUCUUGCCCGGGAAGAUGCAUGUUUCUCUGGCAGAAGCCUUGGAGGUCCGAGGAGGUCCGCUCCUGGAGGAGGAGGUCUGGGCAGUGCUCAGCCAGAGUGCGGAGAGCCUCCAAGAACUUUUUCACAAAGACCCUGCAGCCAUGGGCUUCAUUAUCUCCCCGUGGUCCCUCCUGCUCAUGCCCUCGGGGAACAUCUCGUUCACAGACGAGUAUGUCACACAACAAGAUUUAAAGGCUUUCACAGCUCCAGAGGUCCUGGAGGGAGGUUCCUUGGAUUCCAUCUCAGACAUAGAGAAGAUGCACAUGUACUCUCUGGGGAUGACCUUAUUCUGGGGAGCGGACUAUGAAAUCCCUCAAAGUCAGCCCAUGAAGUUGGGGGAACAUCUAAACAGCCUCCUCCUCAACAUGUGUGAUGAUGUUACAUUGAGCCGAAUGUCGUUGCGCACGGUGCUGGACAUCUGCAGCAAACACAUCAGAAACUCCACCUGCGACCCUCCCUUCUCCUACAUCAGAAAGCUGGUCCGGUUGGUGCUGGGCAGCCUUUCCCAGUUGGAUGGUCUCCUGACUGACAGGGAGUCUCUCCCUGAGCGUAGUAAGGAGAUUCGGGAGAGGCUGAGGGGAAAAGGUUUGCCCUCAGGGAGGAGCGCCGCCCCCAGGGUUCUGGAGCGCUACAGAGCCAGGACUCAGGAACAAACGUCUCUUAACCGCGGCCUCAGCCGCUCCAUGGGCUCGCUGUCGAUGCAGGACAUGUUGAGGCGGGACGACGGUGCAGCUAUACAAUAUUCCCUGUCCGAAUCCCCCACAGAACUCUACCCCAAAGCGCCCUCGCUCCAGCACCAGCGCUCUUACCCCUACGUGCACACCGCUCUCCCGCAGCCGAAAGGCCGGCCCGUGGAACUGGACCGUAGGUCUUUGCUCGUCUACAGCGGGGACGUGGGGCCAAGUCAGGUCAGGAAGACCUGGGCUUCUUCUGUGGAUUUGGCUUGCAUUGACCCAGAGGCUCUUCGGUUCGGUGCUUUGGAGGACGCGCGGAGAGGCAGCAACGCCCUGAGCGUCCACUCCGUAGGCAGGCACAAAUCGCCCUUGCAGGCUUCGGGGGACAGGGACAUUCGCUUCUCUGAGUUUGGCGGACUGAACAGUAGGAAGCCGCAUCACAACUCGGCCAUGUCGGUGGGCUCGGGCCUCACCGGUGCCUACGACCGGUUCAAAGAAAGACAGAGGAAACUUCAAGUGCUGAAACACGCAGUGGAUGACCCGGUCCACACCCACCAGAGGUACCACAGCGAUUACAGCUCAUCCAGCGAGAGCCCUUCAGUGGCCUCCUCUGAUCCAGACUACAGACUACAAGCUAAGAAACCUGGCGACGUGAAAAGGUUUGGCUCUCAGCUGGCACUUACAUCUGAACACGAUGCCCUCUUGCUGACACAGAGACACAGGCAAAAUGAGGGGGGCUCUGACGAAGGUUUGGUCGGGGCGGAGCUGCUCCUCCAGAGGCAGGAGGAGGAGGUGCAGCGUCUCCAGGCCCACCUGGCCAGCAGGCUGUCCAGGGUCGCCCUCUACCCCACGGACGACCCCUUGGGCCCGCCUCACCCCUCCAUGCUCGACAUCCAGGACCCUCUCUACGCCUCGUCCCUGCCGCUCCGCAAAACCAGGCUCUUUCACGGGCCUGAGUUUGUGAAGAUGGCCAACGAGCCGUGCGUCUCCUUAUCGGUUCCCUCCUCGAUAAUGAAACGUGGGAAGGGGGAAGAAGUGCAGAGGAAGGUGUGCGUGAUGCUGCUGAACGGCCAAAAGCUGGAGCUGAGCGUUGACAUCAAGGCAGUGUGUAAAGAUGUUCUUGAUAUGGUGGUGGCCCACAUCGGGCUGGUAGAGCACCACCUCUUCGGCCUCGCAUACCUCAGAGAAAACGAGUUUUUCUUCGUUGAUCUCGACGCCAAAUUGUCCAAAGUGGCCCCAGACGGAUGGAAGGAUGAGCCUAAGAAGAGGAAAUCCGACAUUCCUUUUAACCUAUUUUUACGCAUCAAGUUCUUCCUCGAUGAUGUCAACCUCAUACAGCAUGCUAUGACCAAACAUCAGUACUACCUGCAGAUGAGGAAGGAUAUCUUGGACGAAAGGGUGCGCUGCAACACAGAAAAUGCCAUACUGCUGGCUUCUCUGGCACUGCAAGCGGAAUACAGUGACUACCAACCUGAGCUUCUUGGGAAGACCUAUUUCCGUCAGGAGCACUACCUGCCGAUGUCUGUCUUGGAUAAGGUGGACCAGUCGACCAUCAAGGAGGAGCUGCCGAAGCUUCACAGCAACUACUACGGAGCGUCAGACUCUGAGGCAGAGUUAGAAUUCCUCAAGGUUUGCCAGAAGCUGACGGAAUAUGGAGUCCAUUUCCAUCGGGUUCUUCCCGAGAAGCGAUCUCAGACUGGCAUCAUGUUGGGCGUCUACUCCAAGGGUGUGCUCAUCUUCGAAGUCCUCAACGGAAAUCGUGCCCCGGUGCUAAGGUUCCCCUGGAGGGAAACCAAGAAGAUUUCCUUCACAAAAAAGAAGAUUUGCCUCCAGAACACAUCAGACGGGAUCAAACACCUGUUCCAGACGGACAGCAACAAGACGUGCCAGUAUCUGCUGCAGCUGUGCUCUGAUCAGCACAAGUUCCACCAGCAGAUGAAGGCCCGCCAAAACAACCAGGAGCUGCAGGACCUAGAGAACAGCCCCUUCAGCAACAUGCAGUAUUCCCUCGAGUCUCGGAGCGGAGACGCGUCAGGACGGACGUUGAGCUCAGGCAGCCUCCUCCCCAGCCUGUCGAGCCGCUCCAACCCGGACCACCUGAAGAGGAUCUCGUACUCGGAGGUGGCCCUCAACAAGGCGCCUUCCGGCUCGAUAUUGGUCCAGGACGAGCUCCGUUUCCCCGGUUUCAAUCCGGCUCCAUUCAUGUCUAAUCCACGGAUGAUGAGUCGCUCCCACCACAACCUGGCGCAGAUGCCGGAGUCUCUGGAGCAGCGGAUGGCGGUGUCUUAUCACGGCCAGUCGCAGAACAGGCUGAGUCAGGGCAACCAAGUGGCCUCUCACCAGCAGCAUCAGCGCGCCAGCUCAGACACAGACUCUGUCAUACGGCAGCAUGACAAGUCAUUCGGUGCAGCGUUGCACAGCAGCCCAGGCUGGAGCCUCAACAAGUUCACGAAAGAGUCUGACUCUUCUUCUGUAGAGGAGUCUGGCCAAGCAUAUGUAGAAGGUGUCAGUAUGCACAGUUCCUCCGGAGCACCAUCAACCCCAGCGUCUGUCAACGAUUCGCUCAAGAAGAAGCUCGUUGCUCUGCCGUCUCCGGAGAGAGAAAUCACAACUGUAAACCUGAAGAAAGAUGUGAAAUAUGGACUGGGGUUUCAGGUUGUAGGAGGGGAGAACUCUGGUCGUAAAGACCUUGGCACCAUCGUUAGCUCCAUCACUCCUGGGGGUCCUGCUGAUGUCAAUGGCUGCCUCAAACCCGGUGACCGUCUGAUCUCUGUGAACGACAUGAAGCUUGAAGGGCUCUCUCACGCCAGGACGGUCGAUAUCCUUCAAAAUACUCCGGAUGACGUCACCCUGGUGGUGUCACAGCCCAAAGAGAGGCUCUACAAAGAAUCCUCCUCAGGCUACGCUCCCUUCCAGGCCCAGUCUGCGUUGAAGUCACUCAACCCUGCCAAGAAACGAGAACUAGACUUCGACACCUCGUCGGAGGAGCACGCGGGAACAGAAAGUCCGAGCCCCACUCUCAACAGCGCUGGCACGCCCUCAUCCGCCUCCUCCCCGGUCCACCAGCGCACCAGCCUGAGCUCCCAGGAGUCCAGGACGAACAGCGUCGCUAAAAUCAGCCAACCCCCUGCUAACGGAGUUCAGCAGGGCCUAGAAAGAUUUCCAGUCGCUGGCACAGCUGCAUCCGUUGCACAACAUCACAGACCGGAACCGAGCGUGGGUCUGGAGCCUUCGCCGCCAGCUCUGCCGCCCAAAACCAGAAAAGCUAAAGUCUUAGAAGCUCCUAAAGUUUCUGAGCACUGUGACUUUGGAGAUUCAGAUGUCGAUGAAGGAAAUUAUUCAAGUAGUCCGGAGAAACCGAAGGCCAAACAGGAACACAUCACGGAAAGUUUAAAUGGUAAUGCCCCAGGGGUCAGUAGUCUCCGUCCCGGAGAGCUAUUUGACAUUGAGCUGUCCAAAAAAGACAGCAGCCUGGGCAUAAGUGUCACGGUACUGUUCGGCAAGGGGGGGAUUAACACAACUGUUCGUCACGGUGGCAUCUACGUCAAAGCCAUUAUUCCAAAAGGUGCUGCUGAGCUGGAUGGAAGGAUACAGAAAGGUAACAGACGCACGAUACAGAAAGACGUAACUAUUUCCAUCUUUAGACUUAACCACUCCGUGUUGUGUCCAGGCGACCGCGUGGUGGCCGUCAACGGGAAGAGCCUGGAGGGAGCCACCCAUCAGCAGGCCGUGGACGUCCUCAGAGACACCGGGCAGGUGGUGCACUUGUUGCUGGAGAAGGGUCAGCCCCCCGCGGAGAGCGUCCACCCUCCCGUCACUCCUCAGCGCACCCCGCCGUCUGGGGCCGGUGACGCGGAUGAGGCGAGGAGCAAGAAGCAGUGGACCCCCGAGGUGAAAGAAAAACCCGAGUACAGCUUCGUCACACCAGACAACGUGUUUGAGGUGCUCCUGCUCAAGAACACGUCGGGUUUGGGCUUCAGUUUUAGUCGAGAGGACAACCUCCCCGAGGAGCCCCCCGGCUCCAGCAUGGUGCGUGUUAAGAAACUGUUUCCUGGUCAGCCGGCUGCAGAAAGCGGUAGAAUCAACGUGGGCGACGUCAUCCUGCGGGUGAAUCAAACCCCCCUCAAAGGACUCUCACAGCACGAAGUCAUAUCCGCUUUGCGAGGGACGGGACAGGAGGUGACUUUGCUCCUCUGUCGACCUGAACUGGGAAAUCUUCCUGAGAUGGACGCUUCAGUUUUGACACCCAUGCCAUCGCCCAGAAAGGAGCCAGUGCCCGUUCCAGAGCCCAGGGUUGGCUCUGGGACAGAAGGCUCCAGGAGACAUGGCCCCGUGGAAGAAGCCCUGGAGAGACUUAUGCUCAAAACCCCCGGGCGACGGAACAGCUACAGCGACAGCACCGACGGCGAUGAAGAAGUUGAAGAAGCCUUCAGCCCGAGCCCUCCGGAGCUCAGCAGGCAGUCGUGGGAUCAUAGCGUCUAUCAGACCCCGAGCAGCAACCUGGGACUGGGGCACUACGGCAGCAGCGGUCAGCUGGACGACACCAUGCACUCAGCUUUCUUUUCCCCGAAUUUGUCAAUGACAAGAUCAGACCUUAGCAACAGGUGUCCUUCAUCACCUGUGGCGGCUGAACUAGAGUCAUCCACUCGGUCUAUGAUGCCCUCACACUCUGCCCCAAGCCCAGACCCCCUGCCUCCUCCGCUGCCUUUACCCUUAAACCUCACUGCGUCCGGCAACGGGCAGGACGUGGAGGACUUGGUUCCGGAAGUAGAGCUAAACAUCUCCUUGACGAAGUCAGAAAAAGGCAGCCUCGGCUUCACCCUCACUAAAGGUAACGAUCACGGCUGUUACAUCCAUGACAUCGUCCAGGAUCCAGCCAAAGGGGACGGGAGGCUCCGGCCCGGGGACCGGAUGAUCACGGUGAACAACAUAGAUGUGAGCAACAUGGGUCACACAGAGGUGGUGAAUCUCGUGCGUGCCGCCCCCCGCGUGGUCGACCUGGUAGUAGGGAGGGUCCUGGAUGUUCCCAAACCUCCUAUAGAAGCUCAUCUGCUGCCUGACAUUUGUUUCAAGAGCAACCAAGAACCACUGGGUUUGGUCCUAGAUGGGGGCAGCGACAGCGUCUAUGGGAUCUUAUUUGUGAAAGACAUCCUGCCACGUUCACCGGCCUCCGAGGAUGGAAGCCUGAAACAAUUCGACUUAAUCCACUACAUUAACGGUGCUCCCACUCAGGACCUGACCCUCAGUGAGAGCAUAAGGCUGCUGCAGCUUUCCCUCGACAACCUCACGCUCAAAGCCACAAGGGAUGGAAAGCCUGUUUUUCCACAACAGAAAAGUGUCUCAUUUCUCAACAACAACAUUAGCCCGAAGGUUUCGCCCAGUGUGAACGGGUUCCUUAAAGGAGACAAUUCAAGAGACACAGAGGGUCUUGCGGCGCUUUGUCCUUCAGAGGAGGAAAUCAUAAAGCUGGAUCUGGAGAAGCCGGUGGCAGGAGGUCUGGGUUUCUCUGUGAUCGGAGGCGAGAGGGGGAUCUUUGUUAAAUCCAUCACACCGGGGGGAGUAGCAGAGUCCUCGGGCCAGCUUCAAGUAGGAGACCGGCUGCUUAAAGUAAAUGAAGAUCUAAUGACGGGUGUGUCCCACACCAAAGCUGUCACCACCAUCCGUAAAGCUAAAGGCCUGGUACGGCUCAUCGUGUCCAGACCGCCAGACCAGAGUCCAAACACGUACCUGGCCUAUCUGCCCAUCAACUCCGACAAGUGCAAUGGGAACGCAGAUUUGAGCGAGGACAGUGGAGUGAAGACUAAACCGUGUACUGAGCUGAAAUCUGGCAGCUUCCCUGUCAUACCGCCGAUAGAUUAUGAUGAGGAUCCACUAGAGCAGAAAGGAGAGCGGAGCACGGAGCUUUCAGAGGACACGGACUGUGAUGGCUCUUCUUUACCUGAGGACUCUCCUGAGAGUUCCCGGAAAGUGACAUGGCAGGAGGAGAGUGUUGACGAUCCAAGGAACGAAAACUACCUGCAGAUGAGCGCUGGGCAGCCAGAGGAAGACGAGAUCACCUGGGGAAGUGAUGAACUGCCCAUUGAAAACAUGAACUCAAAAUCAAGAGAUGGCGGGCCAAUCAUCACAGAGGAUGAGCUGACCACUUUGCCCCUGGUCAGAGUUGUCCCUGACGGCCAGUACACAGGAGCAAAGCUCAACACCGUCGUCCGCAUGAUGAGGGGGCUCCUGGAGCAGAAAGUCCCGCUGCAGGAGUUUGAAAAUCUUCAGAACCUCCAGCCACUGGACGACUGUUUAAUCGGCCAGACGAAGGAGAACAAGAAGAAGAACCGCUACAAGAAUAUUGUUCCAUUCGACACAACUCGAGUGAUGCUUGGCAAAGAUGGAGGCUACAUCAACGCCAACUUCAUAAACAUGCCGGUGAAGGAUGAGAACUUCCUGUACAUCGCCUGUCAGGGCCCCUUACCCACCACUCUGGGGGACUUUUGGCAAAUGGUGUGGGAGCAGAAGUCAAACGUGAUCGCUAUGAUGACCCAGGAAGUAGAGGGGGGCAAAGUGAAAUGUCAAAGGUACUGGCCGGACACGCCGAGGACAGCAGAGAUGGUAGAUGACAGGCUGCAGGUGAUGCUGGUGAAAGACCAAUACCUGGACAACUUUGUUAUCCGACACAUCGAGGUCAAAGACGUUCAGACUAAUGAAGUCCAGCUUGUAACUCACCUGAACUACACCGGAUGGCCCGACCACGGGACGCCCUCACAACCCGAUCAGCUGCUCACAUUCAUCUCCUACAUGAGGCACGUUCAUCGGUCCGGACCCAUAAUCACGCACUGCAGCGCAGGCAUCGGCCGUUCAGGGACACUCAUCUGUAUAGACGUGGUCCUGGGGCUCAUCAGCAAAGAUGCAGAUUUUGAUAUUUCAGAUGUCGUAAGAAAUAUGAGACUUCAGAGACAGGGAAUGGUCCAGACAGAGGACCAGUAUAUUUUCUGCUAUCAAGUGAUCCUCUAUGUCCUCAGAUGCCUUCAAGCGGAUGAAAACAUCUCAGGAUAAUGGAAGGAGCCGCUGUCGCUGUCAUGACUCUUCCCCCGAGAGCUUAACAAAAAUGAGAGUCGACACAGGCAGAAAUUGCCAAAUUACACUACAUGUUUUUUUUAAAUAUUCGGUUCCUUGAGAGUAAAUCUUUUAAAGACGUUUAUAUUUUUAUGUUUGCUUUUUGAGUUCUCUCUCUCUGGCUGCUACUUCCUUUUUAAUUCAUUUAUGAGAACUGCUGAUUGUAUUUCUUAUUGUCACCUACAAGAGACACUAAUAUUUUUUUUUUUUUUCAGAUUCUUGGAUAUUCUAAAAUAAUUCUGAAAUGAUCAUUGAUUACAUAUUUUAUGUGGAGCAAUAUUGUGUAUUUUUGAAGCCUAUUUUGAUGCUGGAACAUGUCUUGACAGAAUACUAUGUCAGUAUUUGCUAUGUAAAUCUAUUAUACAGUAACCGCUCGCUGCCUGAGGUAAAUGAUAUUAAAAGUGUACAUAUUCAUCUUCUGAAAAUUAAACUGGAUUCAUUUUAAA